CUGUCUUCCUCACCGCUCCUCCCUCCUCGCCCGGCCUCCCCUCACCUCACCUCGCCGGCCCCCCGUACUCCCCGCCGGGGGAGAAUAUGGUCUCCGGCGAUGGAGGCCCCCAGCGCAGGAUCUGCCUUUGAGUACCUUAUUGAAACUUUAAGUGAUGGUUCACAGAAGUUCUUCAACAUCCCUAAACUCGGAGGCACCAAGUAUGAUGUUCUGCCUUACUCAAUACGGGUCCUUUUGGAAGCUGCUGUACGAAAUUGUGAUGGCUUCUUAAUGAAGAAAGAAGAUGUUAUGAACAUUUUAGACUGGAAAACCAAACAAAGCAAUGUUGAAGUGCCCUUCUUCCCUGCUCGUGUUCUCCUUCAAGAUUUUACUGGAAUACCAGCUCUGGUGGACCUUGCUGCUAUGAGGGAGGCGGUGAAGGCGCUCGGAGGCGACCCUAACAAAGUCCAUCCUGCCUGUCCAACUGAUCUCACAGUUGACCAUUCGUUACAGAUCGACUUCAGUAAAUGUGCAAUACAGAACGCUCCGAAUCCUGGAGGUGGUGACCUGCAGAAAGUAGGCAAGCUCUCCCCACUUCGAGUGCAACCCAAGAAGUCUGCCUGCCGAGGCCAGCCUGCCUGCCGAGGGGCGUGUGACUCCGGGGACCCUGGCCGGCAGCCGGGCACGUUUGCCUCGCAGAUUGAGAACACGCCCAUCCUGUGUCCUUUCCACUUGCAGCCAGUGCCUGAACCUGAAACAGUGUUGAAAAAUCAAGAAGUAGAAUUUGGUAGAAAUCGGGAGAGGCUUCAGUUUUUCAAGUGGAGUUCACGAGUUUUCAAAAAUGUGGCCGUAAUCCCUCCUGGAACUGGAAUGGCUCAUCAAGUAAACUUGGAGUAUUUGUCAAGAGUAGUUUCUGAAGAAAAGAACCUCCUCUUCCCGGACAGUGUGGUGGGCACGGACUCUCACAUAACCAUGGGGAAUGGUUUGGGGAUUCUAGGCUGGGGGGUUGGCGGCAUUGAGACGGAAGCUGUGAUGCUCGGCCUGCCCGUUUCUCUUACUUUACCAGAGGUGGUUGGAUGUGAGCUGACUGGGUCGUCCAACCCCUUUGUUACAUCCAUUGAUGUUGUUCUUGGCAUUACAAAGCACCUCAGGCAAGCAGGAGUCUCUGGGAAGUUUGUUGAGUUUUUUGGAAGUGGAGUUUCACAGUUGUCUAUUGCUGAUCGAACUACAAUAGCGAACAUGUGUCCAGAAUAUGGUGCUAUCCUCAGCUUCUUUCCCGUUGACAAUGUGACAUUAGAACAUUUAGAACACACAGGUUUUGACAAAGCCAAACUCAAGUCAAUGGAAUCAUACCUUAAAGCUGUGAAAUUGUUUAGAACUGACCAGGAUGCUGGAGGACCUGACUACUCCCAGGUCAUCCAGAUCAACCUGAAUUCAAUAGUUGCGUCUGUCAGUGGUCCAAAAAGGCCUCAGGAUAGAGUUGCUGUGGCAGACAUGAAAAGUGACUUCCAGGCUUGCUUAAAUGAAAAGGUUGGAUUUAAAGGCUUCCAAAUAGCAGCUGAAAGACAGAAGGAUACUGUCUCUCUCCAUUAUGAAGGAAGUGAAUAUGAAUUAUCUCACGGGUCCGUGGUCAUUGCCGCAGUGAUUAGCUGCACCAAUAAUUGCAACCCUUCUGUCAUGCUCACUGCAGGUCUUUUGGCUAAAAAGGCUGUUGAAGCUGGUCUUCGAGUUAAACCUUACAUAAGAACAAGCUUGUCUCCGGGCAGUGGGAUGGUUACACAUUACCUCAGUUCAAGUGGCGUGUUACCAUAUCUCAGUAGGCUUGGGUUUGAAAUAGUUGGCUAUGGAUGUUCAACAUGUGUGGGGAACACAGCACCCUUAUCAGAAGCUGUUCUAAGUGCAGUAAGACAGGGUGAUUUGGUUACUUGUGGAAUUUUAUCUGGAAACAAAAAUUUUGAAGGUCGUCUUUGUGAUUGUGUUCGUGCCAAUUAUCUUGCCUCUCCGCCCUUAGUGGUGGCUUACGCCAUAGCGGGCACAGUGAAUAUAGAUUUCCUGACGGAGCCUUUAGGGACUGACCCCACUGGCAAGAAUGUUUACCUGUGUGAUAUUUGGCCUACUCGAGAAGAAGUGCAUCAGAUUGAGGAAGGACAUGUUAUUUCAACCAUGUUCAAAACACUAAAGGAAAAGAUGGAGAUUGGAAAUAAACGAUGGAAUUCCCUAGAAGCGCCUGAGUCAGUUUUGUUUCCAUGGGACUUAAAGUCCACUUAUAUCAGAUGCCCUACAUUUUUUGAUAAGCUUACCAAAGAGCCAGUUGCACUGCAGCCCAUUGAGAACGCCCACGUCUUGCUGCACCUGGGGGAUGCGGUCACCACCGAUCACAUCUCGCCUGCGGGGAGCAUCGCUCGGAGUAGUGCUGCCGCCAAGUACUUGACACAUAGAGGCCUUACCCCUCGUGAAUUCAACUCGUAUGGAGCUCGCAGAGGCAAUGAUGCUGUGAUGACAAGAGGCACGUUUGCAAAUAUCAAACUUUUUAACAAGUUUAUUGGGAAGCCAGCUCCCAAGACCAUCCAUUUCCCUUCAGGACAGACGCUGGAUGUCUUCGAAGCUGCAGAGCUGUACCAGAAGGAAGGCAUCCCACUGAUCAUAUUAGCCGGAAAGAAAUACGGCUCUGGAAACUCGAGGGACUGGGCUGCCAAAGGACCCUACUUACUGGGUGUGAAAGCUGUUUUAGCUGAAAGUUAUGAAAAGAUACACAAAGAUCAUUUGAUUGGAAUUGGCAUCAUUCCACUUCAGUUUCUCCCAGGAGAAAACGCAGAGUCCUUAGGCAUCUCCGGCAGAGAAACAUUUUCUUUAACUUUUCCUGAAGAACUGUCUCCUGGGAUUACAUUAAGUAUAAAGACAAGUUCUGGUAAAGUAUUCAGCGUGAUUGCUUCAUUUGAGAAUGAUGUGGAAGUCACCUUGUACAGACAUGGAGGAUUAUUGAACUUCGUGGCACGAAAAUUCUCCUAGUAUCUGCUUGCCAGGGAGACCACUCCUGACCAGUGACCGUCGCGCCCUUGUGCUGGAUGGAGCCAGGGACCCCGCCUGCAACUGCAGAUCGUCCCUGGACCCUCAGUGUUCUGGUCCAUGGAUGUAACGAUCACGAAUCAAUGUGGUAACUGAGAUGAAAUCUUCUUGAUUUUAAAUCAUAUACGAAUGGUGCUAUUAACAUUGCUAAAAUCAACGUGUGGCGUGUGGCGUGUGUUGUGGAAGCCUGUAAGUAUGGGGGGAGGUAUUUGAUCAAACCAUUUGUAAAUAAAGGCAGAAUUUGAACUUGUUGAAGAUCCCUGUAUGAGUAAACUCUGGAGCUGUCUGUGCAGCUUUGCACCUGAAACUGUACUACUGUUUGUUGGUUUAAGACCAGCAGAUGGGAAGAGCAAGAGGCUAGACUCUCAGACUAUGGAAGUUGGAAAAUGAUUUGUAAGUGGACUUUGAAGUAUAAUAAUUCUUUUUUCACCGUUGUGCUGGACUGUAGACUCAGUCUGUAAGGAUGAACUUGUCCCACAUCACAAUCCUCUGUCCCCACCAAGCUGAGCGGAGCGUGUGGUGCUGGGCGGCAGCAGCCAGCGCAUGCCUCCUGGGACACAGCCCUUAGAUUCCAGGAGUGUGCUGGGCUGAGCCUCAGGCAAGCCUCAUGGGGCACGCUGGUCAUUUGAAUCCAUGACUUUGCUCUCCUCAUCUGAUGUUGUAAGUUCCUAUAACCUUAUUCAGUACCAAAAUUCCACACUUUUAAGUUGCUGAAGAGAAAUUUAGUCAUUAAGCUCUACACUGGCUUCCUCUAGACUUUUAAAUUAUUCACCCUAAAUUACAUGGGGCCCAGCCCUAGGCAUCUUUAAGUAUUCUUUCUUUUUUUUUUUUUUAAUGUUAUUUCUUAAUUAUUUAAGUUCAUUUUGUAUCUGUUAAAAUGAAAGCUGACCGUAAGGAUAAAACACUUCAGUUAAAGCCGAGUACCAUGUAUUCCCAGUACACGUUCUGUCCACUCUGUCACGGGCCCUGCCAAGCAGCUGUCUGCUAAAAUGUUGGGGUGAUUAAUUUUUGGUGGCUGUAUGCCUUUUUAAAUUAAGAAAUUAAGCCUAGCAUGUAAAAGAUUGUAGUAGGUUUUUUACAUGAAGAUUUGCAUAUAACCUAGUUAAGUUGCUACAGUUCAGAAUUAACUCAUACAGCUCAGAGUAACGGAUUACUGUAAGCCGAAAUGCUGAAAUUACCAGAUCAGUGGACAAAGACCACUGAGAACUUUGCACAUAAAUCAAUCAUGGUAUCUUGAAAAUAUUUUGCAAAUAUAUAUUUAAACAGGAAGAUGGGUAAGAAUUUACCAAGACAAUUUCCCUUCUUUAUUUAAAAUGUUCAUAAGUAUUUUCUUUGGUACUUUGAAAUCAUACUUUGUUCUUCAUAUAUACUGUGUUAUCUGUCAGUGCAUGUAUGUUUCAUUUCCAUGAUAACAUGAGUUAGGGGUGGAGAAUGUACAAGCUAUACGUUAAAAUGCCUGUUACAUGCUUCGACGAACUGGUCAUUCCAAAGUGGAUGUGUGGGAGGAAGGGUUGUCUAUAUUUGGAAGGUGUACUUGAUCCAUAGUCUGUAGGCACAGGCGUAGCAUCGCCAGCAGGAAGGUGGUGCCAGCUAGCUGUGAAGGUGAUGUCCAGGGCCGAGGCAAGCACAUCUUAGAUUUCAGGAACAGAAGCAAAAUUCCCUUAAUCACUUGCUUGUAUAUGUCGAAGCCAAAAGUUUAGUAAGUGUGGUCUACAAUUGGGAGAGCCAUUGCUGUAGGCCCCAGUGUGUAUACCUGAUAAUUCUUUCUCUAGCCAAAUGCUUU